GCCGCUGUGAAGGCCAGCAAGCAGCAUGGAGGUCCGCGGCGAAUCCCAGUCCGGCCCAAGCUGUUCGUCGUCCUCCCGGGAUGGCUCCGGGCUCUCGGUCUCCAAGGAGUUGCUGAUGGCAGGGAGCGGCGGCCGCGGAGGUAUAUGGGACAGGUUGCUCAUCAACUCCAAGCCUAAUUCCAGAAAGAAUUCUACUCUUCAAACAGUUCGGAUAGAGAGGAGUCCCUUAUUGGACCAAGUACGGACCUUUCUCCCACAGAUGGCUCAGGCAAACGAAAAGCUAAGAAAAGAAAUGGCAGCUGCACCACCUGGUCAUUUCAAUAUUGAAAAUACUGAUGAGACUCUUGGACAAGUUAUUCAAAUGGACGUGGCCUUGUUUGAGAUGAAUCAGUCUCAUUCAAAAGAAGAGGACAGUUCGGAAGAGAAUUCACAAGACAGUUCAGAGGAAAGUUCAGAGUCUGAGGAUGAAGAUGACAGCACCUCUUCCGAAGGUGAAGUCACCAUAGAUAAUAUUAAGCUUCCUUAUUCAGAAGACGGAAAAGGCAAGAUAGAGGUUCUGGACAGUCCUGCUAGUGAAAACAAAGAAAAACAAGGAAGUAAGUGAUCUGAGGAACAGGUGAUAGAUGCCUGCUAAUUCUGUGGAAAAGAGUGUUAGUCUUUUGUAUUAGUGUUAGGUUUUGCAUUUCAGAUAACCUAUGGUGCUUUUCUGCAAUAUUGAAUAUACUUUGUUUCUUGAAGAAACAGAAGCUGGCUUUUAAAGAGCUGGAAGAGAUAGCAUUUGGGGAUCCUCUAAGAGCAUACUGUAUUUGAUUUCAUGCUAAAGAGAUUGCAAGCUUAAUUUUAUGUAUGGUAAUGAGUGAG